ACAUCGAGGAGCUUCUUUAAUGGCUGUGGUGGCGCCGCCAUUCUCCUGCCGUUACCGCGCUCCAACAUCCAUACGUAAACUAACUCCCACAUCAAUUUUUAAAAACUCCAUUAUUUCAACUUCAUCUCCAAAAUCAUCCUUUUCUGUCUCUGCUCAAACCCAUCAAGCUCAAUCCAUCAAGCUGGUUUCUGAACUCUCACUUCUUGAAGAGAUUUGCGAGCUCUGUGAAGCGGGUGAUCUCAAUGGAGCUUUUGAUUUUCUUCAGAGAGGAUGGAAGAACAAUGGUGGCUAUGAUUUGGUGCAGAGAAAAGAAGCCAUGGGUGUGUUGUUGCAGAAAUGUGGGCAGUUUAAAGACGUUGAAAUUGGCCGCGAACUUGAUGAAAUGUUGCGCGUCUCCUCUCAGUUCAGCGGCGACUUUGUUCUCAAUACCCGUCUCAUUACUAUGUACUCCAUGUGUGGAUAUCCUUCGGAUGCUCGAUUGGUUUUUGAUCGUUUGCAGAACAGGAAUUUGUUUCAGUGGAAUGCACUUGUUAGUGGGUAUGUUAGAAAUGAACUGUACGACGAGGCGAUUCACACUUUCAUUGAGUUGAUAUCGGUAACUGGGUUUCAACCUGAUAACUUUACACUGCCUUGCUUGAUUAAGGCCUGUACAGGGAAGUGUGAUGUUCGUUUGGGGCAAUCGUUUCAUGGGAUGGCGGUGAAAAUGGGAUUGAUCAUGGAUUUGUUUGUGGGUAAUGCGAUGAUUUCGCUGUAUGGAAAAUGUGGCCUCGUAGACGAUGCCAUCAAGGUGUUUGACAAAAUGCCUGAACGAAACUUGAUAUCAUGGAAUUCGUUUAUUUGUGGGUUUUCUGAGAAUGAAUUAUGGCUGGAAGCUUUUGGUGCGUUUAGGAGGCUUUUGGAGAGUGGCGAUGGCUUGAUUCCGGAUGUUGCUACAAUAGUAACUUUGUUGCCUGUGUGUUCAGGAGAAGGAGAUGUAGAUAUGGGAAUGGUAAUUCAUGGGACGGCACUGAAACUGGGGCUUGUUCGUGAACUAAUGGUAUGCAAUGCUUUGGUUGACAUGUAUUCAAAAUGCGGUUAUUUAUCACAAGCAGCACUUUUAUUUCAUAAGAUUGAGAACAAAAAUGUAGUUUCUUGGAAUUCCAUGGUUGGUGCAUAUUCUAGGGAAGGAUUCGUUAAUGAAACAUUUGAACUGUUGAGAAAGAUAUGGAUGGAAGAAGAAAUGAUCAAAGUAAACGAGGUCACCAUUUUGAAUUUGUUACCUGCUUGUUUGGAAGAAACUGAACUGUUGAGUUUGAGGGAACUUCAUGGAUAUUCACUCAGACAUUGGUUUCAAUACGACGAAUCGAUAAAUAACGCGUUCAUAGCCGCCUAUGCCAAGUGUGGAUCAUUGAGUUCUGCUGAGCAUGUCUUCUCUGGUAUGAAUACUAAGUCAGUUAGCUCUUGGAAUGCAAUCAUAGGUGGAUAUGCCCACAAUGGUGAUCCACGGAAGGCUUUCGAUUUUUAUUUUCGGAUGAGACGUUCGGGCUUCAUUCUUGACGAUUUUAGCAUCAGUACCCUACUAUUGGCUUGUGCCCGUUUGAGACAUCUACAAUAUGGUAAAGAGAUACAUGGAUUUGUUCUAAGGAAUGGAUUAGAGAUGGAUUCAUUUGUAGCUGUCUCAUUACUAUCACUUUAUAUCCAUUGUUCUAAACCAUUCUAUGCCAGAACUUUCUUUGAGAGGAUCGAAGUUAAAAACUCAGUGUGUUGGAAUGCAAUGCUUUCUGGCUAUUCUCAAAACGAACUUCCAAACGAAGCAAUCUCUCUCUUUCGUCAAAUGCUUUCUGAAGGACUCAAACCGAACGAGAUAGGCAUGGCGAGUGUCCUUGGGGCUUGUUCUGAGCUAUCAGCCCUGAGUCUAGGAAGAGAAGUUCAUUGCUUUGUCUUGAAAAACCGUUUUAUAGAAGACAAUUUUGUUGCUUGUUCGCUCAUGGACAUGUAUGCCAAAAGCAGCUGUUUGGGACGAUCUCAACGAAUAUUUAACGGGUUAAAAGAGAAAGAAGCAGCUUCAUGGAACGUGAUGAUCACAGGAUUUGGUGUUCAUGGACAAGGUAACAAGGCCUUGGAGCUGUUUGAGGAGAUGCAAAGAUUAAAUAAGCAGCCUGAUAGGUUCACAUUUCUAGGAGUUCUCCAGGCAUGUUGUCAUGCUGGAUUGGUAUCAGAGGGGCUAUAUUAUCUUGCUCAAAUGCAGAGUUUGUACAAACUAAAACCGGAACUUGAACACUAUGCUUGUGUGAUCGACAUGCUCGGUAGAGCAGGUCGACUAAACGAAGCUUUAAACCUCAUAAAUGAGAUGCCUGAAGAACCAGAUGCUAAAAUCUGGAGCUCAUUGCUCAGUUCUAGUAGAACUUACGGUGAUCUAGCAAUGGGAGAAAAAGCUGCUGAGAAGUUGCUUGCACUGGAAGUAAACAAAGCUGACAGCUACGUUUUGCUCUCUAACUUGUAUGCAACAGCAGGAAAAUGGGAUCUUGUGCGAAUGGUGCGACAGAAAAUGAAGGAUCUCAACCUUCAGAAAGCGGCUGGCUGCAGUUGGAUUGAACUUGGAGGUAAAACCUAUAGUUUUAUAGCGGGUAACGACUUGUCGAUUGUCAAUUCAAACGAGAUUCGAAAGAUGUGGAAUAGACUGGAGAAACAGAUUAUGGAAAUUGGCUACACACCUGAUUCUAGUUGUGUUCUUCAUGAAUUGGAAGAGGAGGAAAAGAUUAAGAUAUUGAAGGGGCAUAGUGAGAAGCUAGCAAUUUCUUUUGGCUUCUUAAACACGAAAGAAGGCACUACGUUAAGAAUCUGCAAGAAUCUAAGAAUUUGUAGAGACUGUCACAAUGCAGCCAAGUUCAUAAGCAAAGCCGCCAAAAGGGAGAUCAUUAUUAGAGAUAAUAAGCGUUUUCAUCACUUCAAAAAUGGGAUUUGUUCAUGUGGAGAUUAUUGGUAGAGGAAGAUCAUGAAACUAUCUCUUGAUUCUUCUUCAAGAUUCUCAGAUCAGUACCCAGAAAAGGAAAUGGGUCAAAUUGUUGCAAAAUGAUCUUAAAUUUGCUUAAAAUCAUAAACCAAGAAAAAUAGAAUUGGAAGAUCAAAAUUUGAUCAAUGGGUUCAUCAGUCACUGAAAUGAAACUUAAACCCAUCAAUCUAUAUUGGGAGAAGAGAAUGAAAAAUGUGUAUUUUUUAUAAUUAUUUUUUAAUUUUUAUGUUUGAGCCCUUUAUAAGGUUUGGCGAGAAGAGAACAAUUUUGUAGCACUGUUAUUAUAUUAAUUCGUUUCCCAUUCUCAUUCCCACGUGAAGUUUCGUUCGCCGUUCAGAAAAUCUAGAAGAUAGAACAGUGAUUUGAAGAGCGGCAUGCCGUCGUCUGCAUCAGCUCCGGCCUCUCCUCCGUCGGCGUCUCAUUCGCAGAAUUCUGCUACCCAACCUUCCCCGCGCAAACACUUGGCCGAUGCUGCAACCAAUAAUGACGGACUUUUUGAUGCGGACGAGAAGAAACCCGAUUUACCGGAUCAAUUUGAAGAUUUUGAUAACUUCAAUUCCAUUGAGAAGUACAAGAAGUAUGAAGCUGACUACGCUCAACGCCUAAUGGCCAAAUACUUUUCAAAGAAAAACCUCUAUGGAGG